CGCCGCCCUCGUCGAGAUGCCGGGCGGACGGGUGUGCGCUGCCUGCGGCGGCUCCGAGAUCGAGGUGGACUCGGCCCGGGGUGACGCCGUGUGCACCGGAUGCGGCUCGGUGCUGGAGGACAACAUCAUCGUCUCCGAGGUGCAGUUCGUGGAGAACAGCGGCGGAGGCUCCUCGGCAGUCGGGCAGUUCGUCUCCCUCGACGCAGCAGGAAAAACUCAAACUGUUGGAGGAUUUCAUGUCAACUUGGGAAAGGAAUCGCGGGCACAGACUUUGCAAAAUGAUUUUAAUUUGUACCACUGAAUCUGUAUUAAAAACAAAACAAGGACCUAGCAACAAUAACUCAAGUUCUCAUCACUACCCAGUGGCACUACUACAGCAUGUUCUAUGUGGGACUGCUUUUAAAGAGUACAGUGGAACCUCGGGUUACGAACGCUUCUGUUAACGAACUUUUCGAGUUACA